AUGUCACAGCCAAGAGAAUCUAACCUUGGACCAAUGGGAGAAAACGUUCAAAAUACCGGCGGAUAUAGCAUGAUUCCGAUCAGCUCUAGCAGCCAAAGUCCUCACCAGACCAUUGAUGUUUGGGACAUAAUAUUAUCCCAACUUGCAAGUAGUCCCUCCGAAAACUGGGAUGACAUGCUGGUUAGGAAACAAGAGCUCGACGCUCAUAUAAUGAAACCAACAUUAUUCUCGGUGCUCUGUGAGUUCAAAGGCAGAAAAGGUUCACCACUAAGAAGCAUCCAAGAACCUCCUCCAGAUCCUCAACUUAUAAGGUUAGAUCACAUGCUGAAAGCUGAGGGCAUUACUGAUGAAAAAGUAGGAGCUGUGUCAGAAGCUGGAACCGACAGUAUUGAAAACGCUGAAUAUCGUACUAAGCUUGCUCAAAUCAGACAAUACUACUAUGAGCAGCUUGAUAAAUAUAACCAGUCCCUCACUGACUUCACUUCGCAUGUUGUGACUCUUCUGAGGCAACACAACAGCAUAAGACCAAUUACAGCCGAAGAAGUUGAUAACAUGAGCCAAAUUAUCAGGAGAAAAUUCUCGAGCAUCCAGAUACAGCUGAAACAAAUAAUCUGCGAAGCUGUUAUGCUUUUAAAGAGUCGAUUCCUUGAUGCCAGACGAAAAAGACGGAACUUCAGCAAGCAAGCGUCUGAUGUUCUCAACGAAUACUUCUACGAGCAUCUGAGCAAUCCGUAUCCCAGUGAUGAUGAUAAAGAAGAACUAGCAAGACAAUGUGGCAUUACCGUCAGCCAAGUGUCUAAUUGGUUCGGCAACAAGAGGAUACGUUACAAAAAAAAUAUGGGCAAAGCGCAAGAAGAAGCUAAUAUGUACGCCGCUAAAAAAGCAGCAGCCAAGUCGUACAAUGUGCCUCAGCGUACAUCUACGUCAGCGGUGUCUCCAGUACCAUCGACUAGUUCUCAAAAUUUGACAGGAUACGAUGUCAGGGGUCAUGGAAAUAACUUCGGUUUACAACCCUACAAUGACCCGUCGAUGGGUUAUAAUAUGACGCACCAGAGCAAGGGGUUGGUUCCUGAGCCGAGAUGGGUUCCCCGUGAAACUAUUCCCGAAUUUCCAAUCCUCCAAAAUUCACCAGAUUCUGACUCGGAUUCUCGAGAGAAUGAAAAACGUCCACGGCUUCAAGUGUGA